AUGUUAAAAAGAGCAUUAACCCAAGAGAGCUUUAACAGUAAAGUAUUCUCUUGGCUGCAAAUCAGUAAUAAAAAUGCGCAUCCCUCUUUUUUAGUUUCUAGAAAAGGGGCUACUGAUUGUCAGCCCACUCAAGAUGUACCGAGAAAACCAUAUUCUCCUUUUCAAGAUACUAAAAAUUUAGGCGAAUAUGUGUUAGCUAGAACAGAUGAUUUUAUUAACUGGGCCAGAAAGAGUUCUAUAUUUCCUUUAACUUUUGGACUGGCAUGCUGUGCUGUAGAGAUGAUGCAUAUGGCUGCUCCCAGAUAUGAUAUGGAUCGUUUCGGUGUAGUAUUUAGAGCUUCUCCUAGGCAAGCAGAUUUAAUUAUUGUGGCUGGCACCUUAACAAAUAAAAUGGCUCCGCUUUUAAGGAAAAUUUAUGAUCAGAUGUUAUCUCCUAAAUGGGUCAUAUCCAUGGGAAGUUGUGCAAAUGGAGGUGGAUAUUAUCAUUACUCAUAUUCAGUUGUAAGAGGUUGUGACAGAAUCAUACCUGUGGAUAUAUAUGUUCCAGGCUGCCCUCCAACUGCUGAAGCUUUAUUAUAUGCUGUACUACUUUUACAAAAAAAAAUAAAAACUAAUAAAUAUGCACAGUUAGCUUAUAGGAAGUAA